AUGGUGAAGCUGAUUGAGAGCAAGGAUACUUUUCAAGAGGCCCUUGCGUCUGUGGGAGACAAGCUUGUAGUUGUGGACUUCUCUGCCACGUGGUGCGGACCUUGCAAAAUGAUCAAGCCCUUCUUUUAUUCCCUCUCUGAAAAGUAUUCCAGUUUGGUGUUCCUUGAAGUAGAUGUGGAUGACUGCCAGGAUGUUGCUGCAGACUGUGAAGUCAAAUGCGUGCCGACCUUCCAGUUUUAUAAAAAGGGUCAAAAGGUGGGUGAAAUCUCUGGUGCAAACAAGGAAAAACUUUGA